AUGGAGUCGGUCACCCCCCAGCCUCCGGCUUAUACCAACGACAAGAUUGAGGCUCGUGAGGAGCAGAAGUGGGAGCCUGCCUUUGAUGACGAGAAUGCUCUCAAGCAAGGCGAGGUUCAAGAUGCCUUUGGUAACGAGGAGUAUGCGGAGAUCAAGUACAAGACUCUGAAGUGGUGGCAAUGUGGUCUGUUGAUGAUUUGCGAGUCCGUUUCCCUGGGUGUUUUGUCGCUGCCUGCGGCCGUGGCUACCCUGGGUCUGGCCCCCGGUAUCAUUUUGAUCGUCGGUCUCGGUCUCCUCGCGACCUAUACCGGAUACAACAUCGGCCUGAUGCGUGAACGGUACCCUCACAUCCAGAACCUGGGUGACGCCGGUGAGAUCCUGUUGGGAUCCUUCGGUCGUGAGCUGUUCGGCACUGGUCAGUUCCUGUUCUGUAUCUUCGUCAUGGGCAGUCACAUCUUGACCUUCCGCGUCAUGAUGAACACCAUCACCGACCACGGCACCUGCUCCAUUGUCUUUGCUCUCGUCGGCAUGCUCAUCUCGCUGGUGCUGUCCAUUCCCCGUACUAUGCGCGGCAUGACCUGGAUCUCUUUCUUCUCUUUCCUCAGCAUCUUCAGUGCCGUCUUGAUCACCAUGAUCUCCGUCUCCGUGGAGGAGCACCCCGGCCGUGUGAUCGAGGCCACCGUCGAGACAGACCUGUACACUGCCUUCCAGGCCGUCUCCAACAUUGUCUUCGCCUACUGCGCCCACGUCGCUUUCUUCGGUCUCAUCGCCGAGAUGGAGUCCCCCAAGGACUUCAAGAAGUCCCUCUUCAUGCUCCAGGGCUUCGAGAUCUGCCUGUACCUCACCGCCGGUGUCGUCAUCUACUACUACGUCGGUAAUACCGUCGAGUCCCCUGCCCUCAUCUCCGCCGGCCCUCUCAUGAAGAAGGUCGCCUUCGGCAUUGCCAUCCCCACCAUCAUCGGCGCCGGUGUCGUGAACGGUCACAUCGGUCUGAAGUACAUCUACUUCCGUCUGACCGCAAAGUCCGACCUGAUCCACUCGCGCGGCUGGAAGUCCGUCGGCCUGUGGCUCGGUCUGGGCGUUUCCUGCUGGGUCGUGGCCUGGAUCAUCGCCGAGGCCAUUCCCGUCUUCAGCGACCUGAACAGUCUGAUCAGUGCCCUCUUCGCCAGUUGGUUCAGCUACGGUCUGUCUGGUAUCUACUGGCUGCACCUGAACGCCGGCCAGUGGUUCGCCUCGCCGCGCAAGAUCGCGCUCACCAUUCUCAACGUCGCUAUUGCCCUCUUCGGUCUUGCGUUGUGUGUUCUUGGUCUGUAUGCCUCUGGCACUGCCAUCCACAAUGAUACAAGCACGUCCAGCUUUAGCUGCAAGAACGAUGCUUAA